CAACAUGUUCAUCAUGAGCCUAGCGGCGGCUGACCUCAUUGUGGGCGUCUUCGUGAUGCCUCUGGGCUCGCUGUACGCCAUCAAAGGCGAGUGGGUGCUCGGUCUGACCAUGUGCCGGAUCUGGCUCAUUGUCGACUACAUCGCCUCGACGGCGUCGAUCCUGAACCUGUGCAUCCUCAGCUUGGAUCGCUACUGGAGCAUCACGGCGCCGCUCAAGUACCUGCGGCGGCGCACCAAGCGGCGCGCGCUGGCCAUGAUCAGCAGCGUGUGGCUGCUCUCCUCCAGCUGGAUCUGGCCCGUCGUCUUCUUCGACUGGCUCGUGUCGCCGCCGCUGCCCGACGCCGGCACGUCUCUCUGCGAGACCGGAUUCGCCCAGAACCUGGUCUUCAAGGUGGUGGCGGCCAUCUUCAACUUCUACAUCCCGUGGGUGUCGAUGAUGUACCUGUACGUGCGCAUGUUCGCCGUGAUCCGACAGCGCUCCAAGCUGGAGGUGGGCAGGUUCCACCUGGCCAACCGGACCGCCUCGAACGGCGCCGAGCCGGCCGACAAGCAGCGCGUCGAGCGGCGCACGUCCGGCUCGCGGCGCGCACCGCUCGACGGCUCCGUCAGCUACGACAACCUGAUCCUGAUGGCGCUGCCCGACCUCGGCGGCAUGGCGCAGUACGUCGGACGCUACGACGGCCUGCACGUGCAGAUCGAGCUGGCCGAAGACGCCGACGGCGAGUCGGACCAGGCGUCGCUGGGCGGCACACCGGCGCCGCGCCGCCACCGGUCGCGCUCGCGCCGCGCCGGCCGAGGCGCCGUGGUGCUGCAGAACGCGGCGGCGCGCGCGGCGAGCUGCGCCCAGCGGCGCACCUCGCCGACCGGCGGCGGCUCGCCGCAGCUGAACGGCAGCAAGUCGCAGCCCCCGCCGGCCGGCGGCGGCAACAUCAUCCUGCAGCGGGAGAAGAAGGCGGCCGUGCAGCUGGGCGUCAUCAUGGGCGCCUUCAUCCUCUGCUGGCUGCCCUACAGCAUCCUGUUCGUGGCCGUCGCCGUCUGUCCAGACUGCGUCGACGAGAACGUCCACAUGGGCUCCAUCUGGCUGGGAUACCUAAACUCCACGCUCAACCCCGUCCUCUAUCCCCUCUGCAACGCCAACUUUAAACGUGCGUUCAAGCGCAUGCUGGGCUUUUCCCCAUCGCGCGAGUCGCGCAGGAACCAGUCGUCUUCUCAGGCACCCCGGAUGCAUAGCCAGCGCUAGCGGCCGACGCGGUUCAGUGUGUGUUUGGUCUCACUCUCCGAUCCACGGAGAAAUGAACCCACGGCGAGGGAGGACGUGGGAAGGGCCGUAAACAGGUGGCUCCUGACGGCCGCCAGAGACCAAGUGAGGACUGCAGUGAUCCUGCUGUCCGCUGAGCGUGACGGACAUAGCAGACUCUGUGUGGAUCACUCACCGGUGUGAGGUUUGAAGGCAGUGGUGGCAGUCGUCCAGUUGGUGUUGGUAAGGCCUGGCGAGGGAGCGGAGGCGAGUUGCGGAGUCUGUCCAGGACAGAAAGACGACUCACUGUCGAUGUGACCCAGGUUUUUCCGUCAGACAAGGGAGCGAGUGUGUUACUGCAUUACUUCGCGUUAUUAUUGGAGAUGUCAUUCACAGGUCGGCUGUUGUCUGCUUUGUGGAUAGUGUUACCUAUUUGUCAGUGUCGAAUUAAUGUCCACGACGUGAUACGUAAUGACUGGCUGCUGAUUAUCAGCAGUAAGUUGAUAUCAGUGAUAUAUCAAGUGAUGGAUGAUGUACAGCCAAAUAUUAGGGGCGCUAGAGAGCCAUAACUGUUGACAAUCCCUCGGAUCGGAUCUCACUGCUGCAGUCCUGACAGGUGAUUAGUCUGGGCUGGCUAUCGGACUCGUCCAGUUCUGUGAGUGAUGUGAGGAGAUUUGACCGAUCGUGUGAGUCAACAGACCGGCCAGUCGGCCACCUAUCCGCCGUGGCCGCGCUCACCCCGUCCCCUCCCCGCCCGGUCCCCGCCGGUGUCUCCAUGCCCGUCACAAGUACAAUGUUGUCCGCUCCCUGUGAGCUGAGCCGAAUAAACGGCGUAUGUUUGGUGAGUGGUCUCUCUGCG